AUGGUCAAGUACGUAGCCGCUGCUUUGUUGUGCCACUACGCCGGUAAGGACGUGUCUGAGUCCAACGUGAAGGCCAUUUGCGAGGCAGCUGCGGCCGAGUACGUCGCGGAGGACGCAGCUCCUUUCCUUGAGAAGAUUGGCGAAAUGGGCGUUGAAGCAGCCAUCACUGAAGGCUCUUCCAAGCUCGCCUCUGUCCCCGCUGGUGGUGCUGCUGGUGCCCCUGCCGCGGCUGCUGGUGCUGCUGAGGCCGCUCCCGCUGCCGAGGAGAAGAAGGAAGAGUCCGACGAGGAGUCCGAGGACAUGAACUUCAGCCUCUUCGAUUAA